UACACGUUGCCAACUUGACUACUUUAAAAUAUUUUCUCUUUAAAUUCUUUUACUUUUCUCUUCAUUUAAAUAUAAACCACAAAAUUAAACCUUAUAUUAGCUGCUUUACCAUCACUAAAACAAAUAUUUAUGAGAUAUUUAGCUAAGCCAUUAAAAAAAGCCAUAAUAGAGAGAAUUGCGACUGAUUUUGAUCUCCUUGUUCUUUUUUUAAAGGCUUUUGUUUGUAAUUAAGAAAUGUUUUUGUAAACCCUUCACAAUUCGUUGUGAAAUGACUUCGGACAUGCCAACUUAUCUCCCAGCACCACCUCAAGAUCCUAAUGCUGCCGACCAGUGCAGACUAUGGAUUGGUAACCUUGACCCUCGUGUUACAGAAUUUGCUUUACUUAAAAUCCUUCAGAAAUUUGGUAAUCUUUUGAAAUUUGAUUUGAUGUACCACAAGUCAGGACCAGACCAGGGUAAACACAGAGGAUAUUGUUUUGCUACUUAUGAAAAUAAAGAGGAAGCAAGUUAUGCCUGCCAAUGUCUUGAUGGGAAACUUCUUUUGUCAAAAAACUUAUCCGUCAAAUUGGCACAUUCAGAUAAAGAUCAAAACAUUGGUUUACCAUUAACGGUAAAAGUCUUGAAAGAAGAUGCCAAAUUAAGCAAUAUAGACAGCAAUUCAGGACUAAGCCGAGAAAGUAAGAUCCGAGCAAUUGAAGCAAAACUUCGAGCCAUGGAAGAAACUCAGAAGGAUUUCACUUACUCCCUGGCCCCUGCAGCAGCACCAGGGACCAGUAAAUGGUGCUCAUCUCAAAUGGCAACCACUCGAAAACCACAAAAUACUAAACCUUACAGACGAACUUUUUCUAAAAGAUGAGGAACUUUUUUUUUCUUUUUUAAAGAAAGGAAGAAACAUUAAAAAAAGACAAGCAAAAGCAUCAAAGACCAUUUUUCUGAAAAAAAAAAUUAAUAAAUAAAUAAAAUGAUGGAACAUUUUUCUAAAAUAAAAAUGGUCAUUUUCUGAAUGGUCCAUUCAAAGCGACCAAUGUCAACACUGCAAUGACAAUAAAUUUAAUUCCUGUAAAAGAACGGAAGCAAAUCUUGUCCAUUUCUGCAGAUAUUUCUGUAUUAUUUUUUGUCCAAGUUUCAACAAUUUCAGGUAACUUCAUGUAAUAUAGUUUUUAGUUUGUAGUUGAUUAAUUAGUGCAAAUGAAGAAUGAUGAGUGUAAUUUGAGGAUACUGGAGACAGAAAUUCUGUCAUCAUCAUGGAUCAAUUGAAAAAAAAAUCUUCAGAAAGAGAGUAAGUUGAUAAAAGGAAAAAAAAACGACUUUCAACUGAGAGCCAUUGUCCACUGGAAAAAUUCUGUUGAUGACAUCUAAACAUAUUCUUCUCUAGAAUACACUUUAUUUAACUUUAACAUAAAACAGGAUUUUUAUAAAACUUGUGAACAGUUUGAAAGAUGAUCAUAGUUGGACUGAAUCUUGAUACAAUAAUGCAAAAAAAAAA